AUGUCGACAACUGCUGAAAAAAAGCCUCAGAGUAAGGCAAAAGAAACUGCCAUUGGUUUUAUUACUGGUGGUUUAGCUGCUUGUGGUGCUGUUACUUUUACAAACCCUUGGGAGGUAGUUAAAACACGUCUUCAAUUACAAGGUGAAUUAGUCCGAGCAGGAGCUCUUUCAAAGGCAGAUAGACCUUAUCAUAACAGUUUUCAAGCAUUGAAAGUAGUGCUUCAACAUGAAGGCAUUCGAGGAGCACAACGAGGUUUGAGCGUAGCUUAUCUCUAUCAAAUCUGUUUGAACGGUAGUCGUCUCGGUCUCUAUGAGCCCGUGCAUCAAGGUAUCAUUCAAACAUUCAACCUGACAUCCGACUCGAGUAUUGUAGCCUCUGGUGUAUUUUCAGGUGCAUUUGCCGGUGUGGUAGGUGCAGUUUUAGGCUCCCCCUUAUACUUGAUCAAGACUCGUCGACAAGCGUACUCGCCCGUCUUCAACAAUGUAGGACAUCAGCACGAGAUGAAUUCUGCAUUCAGUACAUUAGUGGGUAUCUAUAAAAAGGAAGGUAUCCGAGGUAUAUAUCGAGGUGCAGAUGCAGCUAUGGCAAGAGCAGGUGUAGGAUCUGCCGUUCAAAUGCCGGUCUAUAUGAUGGGAAAGGACGUCCUGUUGAAAAAGUUUGGAUUCCAUGACACUUUUAGCACUCAUUUUGCCACGUCAAUGUUUACGGGUGUUUUGGUCUGUUUAGCAAUGAACCCAUUUGACGUAAUUUCCACUCGUAUGUAUAAUCAGGGCGUGGAUGCUUCAGGUAAAGGAUUACUCUAUAAGAGUUCUCCUGAUUGUUUCUUCAAGAUUGUCAAGAUUGAAGGUGUGCGUGGUCUUUACAAAGGCUUCUUGGCUCAUUAUCUUCGUAUUGGGUAA